AUGUCAACAGAUAUUAAAAUUGUUCCUCCUACUUUUACAGGAAAGUCUGAUCCAGAAGCUUACAUGGAUUGGGAGAAGCGAUUAGAGUACAUCUUUGAGUGUUAUGGCUAUGGAGAACACAAGAAGGUUGCCCUAGCCGCUGCUCAACUCACCGAGAAUGCACUUGCUUGGUGGGACAGGAAUGUAGCUGAGAGGAGAAGGAACCGCUUUGGAGCAGCCACAACUUGGGCUGACAUGAAAUAUCUUCUAAGGUUAAGAUAUGUUCCUGAUUAUUAUCAUAGAGACUUACAAAAACGUUUUCGCAAGUUGUCUCAAGGUAAUAGGUCAGUCGAGGAAUACUUUGAAGAGUUUGAGAAGCUGAUGAACUCACUGGAGUUAGAAGAAUCUGAGGAAGCUUUGAUGGCUCAGUUCAUUGAUGGUCUUCAAGAGCGUAUCUCCAGGAAGGUAGAAAGAGCUCAAUAUAGUGGCUUACAUGAACUAAUGCAUUUAGCUGUGCAGGUUGAGAAGCAAAUCAAGCGUAAGACCGUUACUAGUAGGUCUAGAAACUCACAACCUUGGACUUCUAAUGUCAACAAGCCAAAUGACAAAGGUAAAGCCGUAGAGAUUGAUUCUCGGUUCAAGGGUAAGGGUGAUGAUUCAAACAAGGGUCCUAGACAAGAUCAAAACAAAGGUACUAACAAUCAAAGAGCUAGAGAUGUUACUUGUUUUAGAUGUCAGGGACGAGGUCACAUGGCUAGGGAGUGCCCAAACCAACGAGUCAUGACUAUCACCACCAAUGGAGACUAUGAGUCUCAAGAUGAAUCCGAAAUGGAAGCAAUGAACUCUGGAGAAGAAGUAGAGUAUCCGGAUACUGGAGAGAUGUUGGUCACUCGGAGAGUACUAAAUGGAGGAUCUUGCACUAAUGUGGCUAGCAAGUAUAUGGUGGACAGGUUAGGUCUUGAGACAACCAAGCACCCUCGGCCUUAUAGAUUGCAAUGGUUAGACAACAAGACUGAGCUGAAGGUCACGGAGCAAGCAAAGAUAUCUUUUAGUAUUGGUAAGUACCAAGAUGAAGUAGUGUGUGAUAUGGUACCAAUGCAAGCCGGUCACAUCCUGCUGGGGAGACCUUGGCAAUUUGAUAGAGCCACCUUCCACAAUGGACGCACCAACUACUACUCUUUCAAGUUCAAGGACCGUAAGUACAACUUAGCUCCUUUGAGCCCAUCUGAGGUGCAUGAGUUACAAACUAAGAUGAACAAGGAAGACCAG